GGGGGAGGCAGGCAGGCAGGCAGGCUCACAGUAGUUCAGCCUCCUAGCUCCUAACUGUCGACUUCACCUUGGAGAGAGUCAAAAGGAGUGGAAGGAGGACUUUAUCUUGGAGUUUAUCCUUGGGGAAUCCUGAGGUCAUUCACUAUGAAGUGUACAGCACAGGAGUGGUUCAGAAUAGCUUCAUUGCUAUUCAUUGCUAAUGCCAUUCCAGCAAUGGUUGUCCCCAAUGCAACUGUUUUGGAGAAACUUUUGGAAAAGUACAUGGACGAGGAUGGUGAGUGGUGGAUCGCCAAGCAAAGAGGGAAGAGGGCGAUCACAGACAAUGAUAUGCAGAGUAUCUUGGACCUUCAUAAUAAGUUAAGAAGUCAGGUGUAUCCACCAGCUUCUAAUAUGGAAUAUAUGACCUGGGAUGUAGAGCUAGAACGAUCUGCAGAAUCCUGGGCUGAAACUUGCCUGUGGGAACAUGGACCUGCAAGCCUGCUUCCAUCAAUUGGACAGAAUUUGGGGGCACACUGGGGAAGAUACAGGCCUCCAACAUUCCAUGUCCAAGCAUGGUAUGAUGAAGUGAGAGACUUUACCUAUCCUUAUCCACAUGAAUGUAACCCAUAUUGCCCCUUUCGAUGUUCUGGUCCAGUUUGCACACAUUACACUCAGGUUGUUUGGGCUACAAGUAGCAGAAUAGGUUGUGCUAUUAAUUUGUGCCACAAUAUGAACAUCUGGGGACAGAUAUGGCCUAAAGCAGUUUAUUUAGUGUGCAAUUAUUCUCCCAAGGGCAACUGGUGGGGCCAUGCACCAUACAAACAUGGUCGUCCCUGUUCUGCGUGUCCACCCAGUUUUGGAGGGAGCUGUAGAGAAAAUCUUUGCUACAAAGAAGGCUCAGAAAGACACUUCUCUCCUCGUGAACCAGAAGAAACAAAUGAAAUUGAACGACAGCAGUCACAAGUGUAUGAUCCCCAGAUUCAAACAAGAGCUGAUGACAGUAACAGAAAUGAAGUUAUAAGUACACAACAAAUGUCUCAAAUUGUUGCUUGUGAGGUGAGAUUAAGAGACCAGUGCAAAGGAACAACUUGUAAUAGAUAUGAGUGCCCUGCUGGCUGCUUGGAUAGCAAGGCCAAAGUUAUUGGAAGUGUACAUUAUGAAAUGCAAUCAAGCAUCUGUAGAGCUGCAAUACAUUAUGGAAUAAUAGACAAUGAUGGUGGUUGGGUAGAUAUCACUAGACAAGGAAGGAAACAUUAUUUCAUCAAAUCCUAUAGAAAUGGCAUUCAGUCGAUUGGCAAAUAUCAGUCUGCUAAUUCCUUCACCGUCUCUAAAGUAACAGUUCAAGCCAUCACUUGUGAAACUACCGUGGAACAGUUAUGCCCAUUUCACAAGCCUGCUUCACACUGCCCAAGGGUAUACUGUCCUCGUAAUUGCAUGCAAGCAAACCCACACUAUGCUCGUGUAAUUGGAACUCGAAUUUAUUCUGACGUGUCUAGUAUUUGCAGAGCAGCUGUUCAUGCUGGAGUAGUUCGUAAUCAGGGUGGUUAUGUUGAUGUCAUGCCAGUAGACAAGAGAAAAGUUUACACUGCCUCCUUUCAGAAUGGCAUCUUCUCAGAAAGUUUGCAGAAUCCACCAGGAGGCAAGGCAUUCAGAGUAUUUGCUGUUGUUUAAAUAGGACAAAUGAAAUGCACAAUGUUAAAACAAGCACUUAGAAGGGGAUGGUAAAGAUUAAUCAGAAUGCUAUGUUGUACUUCUAAAUUGUAUAAAGCUGUAAUAUUGUUGUAUAGAAGAUAUCAACUAUUUGUAGGCCCCCCCAAAGUGUCAGUGCAUGUAAAUCUGGAUAAAUUCUGUAAAAUAAAAACAUGGGACUUUAUUGGGAAAAUAUCUUGAAUAUGAAGCAGUUUCAGAAAUCCUGUGUUAAAUAUUGCUAUAUUUUCUUAGCAAUUAUUUGUUAUGGUUAAUUACAUAGUCAUAAAUGUUCUACCUUUCCUCUAUCUGAAAGUUAUUAUGUGGUGCUUUAUGUAUGCCACUAAUAUAAUAAAUCUAAAAGCAUAAAAUGGAUGACCUCAGAGAGAUCACCUCGUGCAUUUAAAAAUAGCUAACUCUGAAAAUAAAUAGGAACCGUUCUGUCACUAUUUCCAUUUUCUAAAGUCUUCUGUUACUUACCCAAAUAAGCUCCAGUGUUUUUCAAGUUUAUUUCUGUACAGUUUUUCUCAUCUUUUAGGUUUAGGCAUGAGUUGAGUUAACACCAUAUUGGUUUUCAUUUCUUUUCUUUUUGGUAAACAGCCUCUUAUUUCUAAAAAUCAAAUCUACCUAAAAAGUAGAUAAAAAUAAUUAGAUGCCUCUAAACUUUUCAAAUCAAAUAGCCCCAAAUGGACCAUGUAUUUAAUGGUAGGUAGAAUAAAAAAAAUAGUAAUGAUGUAAACAUAUGCAUAGUGGUCAUAUAGCAUAUAUAAUAGAAACAAGAGUAAAGAGACUGAACUUUUUAUGUGCUAUUGAAAUUAAAAUAAUACCUUUUUGUUUUAUAUCCUGGCAAAUACUCCUGCAGGCCAGGAUGUAUAGGGGCGAAAUGUCUUAUGAAGAUGAAUUCAUUUAAUUGCUUCACCAUUGCCAUUGAUUUUCUUUAUGGUAAAUGGCCUUGUGCAUUAAUUUUACCAUAUUAUGGUAUAUGAAAAACUUAUAAUGGUAAUGUUAUGUUUGUUUCUAUG